AUGGCAAAUAUUAAGGAGAUCACAAUGCCUCUUCCACCUCCCCUGCUUGCUCGACUAUGCGAUCGCACCAAACUGCCGCUGCUUCGUUCUAUUAGAGAGCAAUGUAGCGAUGUUGAUUUCCGAUUUCCUCAUGUUACUUCAGGCUCUAGUUUUUCCCCAUCUACCUCUGGUGAAGGAGCACGUGGGGCUGUCUCUGGAGCCCCUCACAACCCAGCGCCUAGUCAUGUAAUCAUAAGUGGGCCUCCUGAUGCUCUGGAAAAGGCGGAACGUCUCCUAGCCGAUAUGAACGCUAAAGUGGCCGAGAUGUGCGAAGAGUGUGUGUUGAAUGCUGAUCCUAAAUAUCAUGGCUUCUUGAUUGGCCGCCAGGGCACUAACAUCGCUAAGUUUCGAGACUCCCAUCGCGUUCACCUCAUCUUUCCUGAGCGUGGUGAGACUGACCCAAAGUUGGCAUCGGAGAUCCGCAUAAUUGGUCAAAAAGCUGAAGUUACUAGAGCCAAGGCCGAAAUGGAAGUCAUGAUCAAACAGUUGGUAAGACUUUUUAAAAUGUUUACGCCCAGAUUUAUUUUAUUUUUCUUGCUUUCUAUUCGUAUUCUUAAUUAA